UCGUGCCUACCGCCGCACGCGCCCGCUCCUCGAUUUCUUCUUCCUCCGGCUCCCUCCACCAAGCACGAAACCCAGUUUCGCAUUAAACUAAUCGCAAAAAGCUUAGCUGAUUUCGCGUAAACACUCCCACGCUAAUCAGCCUUCGCCCCCCCCCCCCCGCAACCCCUCCUGGUGGUGGUAGUAGCAGUGCUGGUACCAGUUGGGAGGGAGGUAGGUGGGGGAGAGGCCGGGGCCACUCGGGAUGGUGGCGGUCGGCGGAGGGGGCGUGGGCCGGCGGAGGCGGGCGUGGCGGUGGGCCAUGCGGGCGGCGGCCAGCGCGGUGGUGUGGAUGGCGGUGGUGCAGCUGGCAUCCAUCGCCGGGCUAUUUCGGCCGCGGGUCCUCGCCGAUUGCGGCGGAGCGGGUGCUGCCGCGGGCCUCGCCGCGCUCGCCGGCGAGGACAGCGGCGCGGCGCGGCUCUCGCCGCCAACGCUCGUGCCCAAGAGAAUUUAUAGGAGCAAUGGCUACCUACAAGUGACUUGCAACGGGGGUCUAAAUCAAAUGCGAGCUGGGAUAUGUGACAUGGUGACCAUAGCACGCCAUCUGAAUCUAACAUUAGUGGUCCCUGAACUGGAUAAAAGGUCUUUCUGGGCUGAUCCUAGUGAUUUUGGAGAUAUUUUUUAUGUGGAUCACUUCAUUAAUUCCUUAAGAGAUGAGCUGGUGAUUGUUAAAGAACUUCCUUCGAAACUCAAGUUAAGAACUAAGCGAAGACUUUACUCGAUGCCUCCUGUCAGCUGGUCAAAUGAAACAUACUACCUAAAGCGGAUAUUACCUCUUGCAAGGAAGCACAAAGUUAUCCAUUUCAAUAAAUCAGAUGCCCGCCUUGCAAAUAAUGGCCUUCCUGUUCAACUCCAGAUGCUGCGCUGCCGUGUCAACUUUGAGGCUUUGAGAUUCACCCCGCAGAUUGAGGCCCUUGGCAGAAAACUCAUCUCCACCCUCCAGAGAAGUGGGCAAUUUGUUGUGCUUCACUUACGCUAUGAAAUGGAUAUGCUCUCAUUUUCAGGCUGCACACAUGGCUGUUCUGAUGAAGAAACCGAGGAGCUCACUAGAAUGAGAUACGCUUAUCCAUGGUGGAAAGAAAAGGAGAUCGAUUCUGAAGUAAAGAGGCUUCAGGGACUUUGCCCCCUCACACCAGAGGAAAUUACCUUAGUGCUUAAAGCAAUAGGAUUCACAAAGGAUACACUGAUAUAUAUUGCAUCUGGUGAAAUCUAUGGGGGUGAAAGGCGCUUGGCUGCUCUGAAGGCCGCAUAUCCUAAACUAGUAAGGAAGGAGAAACUAUUAUCUCCUGAUGAAUUACGGCCAUACCAGAACCAUUCAACCCAGAUGGCAGCACUGGACUACAUGGUUUCUAUAGCAAGCGAUGUUUUCAUUCCCAGUUAUGAUGGGAAUAUGGCAAGGGUUGUUGAAGGUCACCGCAGGUAUACGGGUUUUCGCAAGACCAUCUUAUUGGACAGAAAGAAGCUUGUUGAACUCUUGGACCUUUUCCAAGGAGGUGCACUGUCCUGGGAUGAAUUCUCAGCUGCAGUGAAGGAAGCACACCAGAAACGCAUGGGGCAACCCUUGGAAAGAAGGAUCAUCCCUGGCCAGCCCAAGGAAGAGGAUUAUUUUUAUGCUAACCCUGAAGAAUGCCUUGGUUCCAAUGGGGGAUUAAGAGCUGUUUCCUGACAGUGCUUCCUGGAAAGCAUUGCCAAUCAGUAUUGGUGCCUCAACCCGAUAGCAUAGCGUGUUCCUUUGUUGACACCAUCAGUUUUGUACAGCUGACCAAUGGUCCUUUCUGCUUACUGAGCAUUUACUUCAGGUACAGGCAUGUUAACGAGUCAAAUGCUCACUACCAGAUUCCCUCACAGAAUAAAGCGGAAAAAGAAGUUGAAAACCUCUGGGUUCAGAAUGAAGCGAUGCCGCCCGAGCAUCCAGUCUGCUCUCUUUCCACCAUUUGUAAUAGUUGUUGUAAUCCUUUUGUUAACCAGUCACUUUUUUUUUCAUUCCAUUGUCCCCCACUCCCCUUUUUGCUGCUUCUGUGUUCAUUUUGUAGGGGCAGUAGCUCUGAUCAUGCGUAAGUAGAAGUUCAUUAUCCUUCUAGUUUUUUUGGUCCUAUUCUGUCACCAGAACAAUUUAAGAUUUUCAGCUGAUACAAAGAUUUUCUGCAAAGUUUACUCUGACCAAUGGUCGAUCGAUUGUUAUCUUUCAGCAA